AUGUUUUUCUUAUUUUGGGGUUUUUUUUUAUCCUUCUCCCUGAUUCGUCUUUCUUCUUCUCAUUCUUUCUUUCUAUCAUUCUUCCGCGUAUUUUUUCUUUCUCUCCGUUUUAAAUUCAUUUUCCUUUUUAUUUAUUUCUUUCUUGUUGUUUUGCACUUUUUCAUUCUUUUACCCAUUCUUUACAUUUCAUUCUGUAUUUUAUGCUUUCCUAACAUUAAUUUCUUCUUUUUUUUUUAUUCCUUUAAUUCAAUCUUUUCUUCAUCACUACUCUCAUUCUGCCCUUCGGUUUCACAGCAGCCUUUUUUAUUAUCUAUCUAUCUAUCCAUCCAUCUAUCAUCCAUCUAUCUAUCUAUCUAUCUAUCCUCGGUAGUUUAUUAUCUAUAUCAUCCAUCUAUCUAUCUAUCCAUCUAUCUAUCUAUAUUAUUCUAUCCAUCCAUCUAUUAUCCAUCCAUCUAUCCAUCCAUCUAUCUAUCCAUCAUAUCUAUUUAUCAUAUCUAUCUAUCUAUCUAUCUAUCUAUCUAUCCAUCCAUCCAUCCAGUAGUUUAUCUAUCUAUCUAUCUAUCUAUCUAUCCAUCUAUUCUCUAUCUAUUCUCGGUAGUUUAUCUAUCUAUCUAUCUAUCUAUCUAUCUAUCUAUCUAUCUAUCUAUCCUCGGUAGUUUAUCUAUCUAUCUAUCUAUCUAUCUAUCUAUCUAUCUAUCUAUCUAUCUAUCUAUCCUCGGUAGCUUAUCUAUCUAUCUAUCUAUCUAUCUAUCUAUCUAUCUAUCUAUCUAUCUAUCUAUCUAUCUAUCUAUCUAUCUAUCCUCGGUAGCUUAUCUAUCUAUCUAUCUAUCUAUUUAUCCUCUAUUUAUCCUCUAUCUAGUUUAUCUAUCUAUCUAUCUAUCUAUCUAUCUAUCUAUCUAUCUAUCCUCGGUAGUUUAUCUAUCUAUCUAUCUAUCUAUCUAUUAUUUUCCUUCUUUGAUUACCUUGUCCAAUUUUCAUUUUUUUCUUUCUUUUGAUUUCUCUUUGUUACUUUUUCUUGUAAAUUUAUUUAUUCUUUUUUUCUCAUUUUCUUUCGUUCUUUUCUUUCACUUUUUCCCCUUGUUAUUUUCUCAACCAUAA